AUGACUUUUAGUUUGAAGCCAUGGGCUCUCCUCCUCGUCCUCCUCCUCUUCGUUGGACUUAGCCUUGGAGGACCAGCGACGGUGUUCAAUGAGAACUUCGUGCCGGUAUGGUGUGCUGAUGGUUAUCACCUAGCCAAUCAUGGGACACAGGUUUCCCUCACCAUGGAUAGAAACUCCGGGGCGGGAUUUAGCUCCAAAAUGAUGUAUGGCUCAGGGUUGUUCCACAUGAGGAUCAAGAUACCCGCCGGGUAUACUGCCGGAGUUGUAACGGCCUUCUAUCUCACGACGCAGCCCGAGUACGGUGACCAUGACGAGGUGGAUUUCGAGUUCUUGGGCAACGUCGAUGGCAAGCCAGUGGCUCUCCAGACCAACAUCUUCCUAAACGGCCAGGGCUACAGGGAGCAGAAGUUCUACCUCUGGUUCGAUCCAUCAGCAGCUGUCCAUGACUACAAGAUACUCUGGAACCAACACCAGCUCGUAAUAUAUCAGGUGCACAUCAAUCACAAGAUGCUCGUCGACGAAACGCCCAUACGGGUGCUGAAGAACCUACCGGGGCGCACGCCGGGCUACCAGUUCCCAUCGAGGCCGAUGAAAAUCCGGGCGAGCAUUUGGGACGGCUCUUCCUGGGCGACAGACAACGGCAAUAUCAGGGUUGACUGGAACCGUGCGCCGUUUACCUCCGCAUUCCAGAGGUUCAAUGUAGACGCAUGCCCGGCCACUAGAGGUGCACCGUGUGGCUCACCGAACCUAUGGUGGAACAAGUUCCACGACCUAACGCCCGUGCAGAAGGAAGCGUACAAAAACGUCAAGAGCAAGUAUAUGACCUACAACUACUGUGACGACAAGGGAAGGUCCAACCUCCAUCUGCCAGGAGAGUGCAUCUACAACUAA